UGUGAAUUCAGGGGGCGGGCGGGCUGUCCGUGCCGCCCCUCACUCGGAAGUCGGCGCUGCCGCCUGAACUCGCUCCCCGUGUUCGCCCAGCCCAUCUCCCCGUGUUAAUCCGUCUCCUCUCUCCGCGUCUUCUCCGCCUAACUUUCUAGAGUCAACAACAUCCUCGGGCACGUCCACCAACCCUCCACCUCCUCCUCGUCCUCCUCACGAUGGCCGCUUGCGGGAUGCUCAACGCGGCCGUGGCCCUGCUCGUGGUGGCCGUGCUGCCGGCAUCGGCAGACCUGUGCAACACCAUGAGCGGCAAGUCCUGUGAAGAAUGUCUGAAGAACGUCAGUUGCCUGUGGUGUUUCUCCAACAACUCGUGCCUGGACUACCCCGUGAAGACCAUCCUGCCCUCCUCUUCAGUGUGCGCGCUCUCCAAGGCCCGCUGGGGCGUCUGCUGGGUGAACUUUGAGGCUCUGAUCAUCACCAUGUCUGUGGUGGCCGGCGUGCUGCUGCUUGCGAUGUGCAUCUGCUGCUACUGCUGCUGCUGUCGCGAGAGCAAGAGUUCCAAGCGAGCGCGGCAGCUGGAGAAAGAGAAGGCUACCCGGGAAAAGGCCGAUCGGGUGGUGCGCAUUGAAGAGCGGAAGGUGGAACGGAAGGCCAGGAAUGAUGAAAUUCGCAAGAAAUAUGGCCUGUACACGGAGGACAACGCUUACACACGGUUCGACAACUAGUGACGUGGCCAGCCUGAGCAGCAUCAGCAGCUUACAGGGCUCCACCCACAGACACACACAUUCCACACUCCGCUCUCCAGGGCUGAUAGGCUGGGCACAGCACUAAUCCUAAAACACACGCAGGCCACGUACUAAUGUUACUCUUAUUAAAGUACAUUGACAUUUUUUGAGCAAAAAAAAAAGGCAGAAGUAAUCGAUGAUGCCAUUUUUCGUGAAAUUAUUAUGGUGGUGGUUCAGUUUGUACAUUUGGCUUUUUGAUGAAUCUCUGCUUGUCCUUAAUUCUUUGUUCUAUUAAAUUUCACUUUGGUAGUGUAUUGUCUUAUUAAUGUAUUCCUCUGUUUUUAACAUUGUUACAAUGCAAUUAAAGGUUCUAACUCAAA